AUGGCCGUCGCCGACGCGGUGCUGCCCUCGCCGCCGCCGCCGCGGAUCGUCGUCGCGGUGCUGGCGCUCGUGCGCUUCGUCCUCGACCCGCUGCCGGCGCUCGGGCGCGCCCUCCCCGUCGUGGCGGGGGUUCUCCGCUACCUUUGCUUCACCGUUGCGUGGAUUCUCUCCGCGGCCGAGGCUGCCAAGGUGGUGGCGCACCGCGCCUGGGGCGAGGGCUCCGCCUCCUUCCUCUUCCUCAAGACGCUCACGGACUGGGCUUUCCUGGUCUUGGCCUGCAGCUCCCUUGUCUCCCUCGCGCUUGCCGCGCUGCUCUUGUGCGUCCUCUGCGUGGCGUACACGAUGGCAGUUCUCUCUGGAUCCGGGUCAGAAUUCAAGAAGGUAUCAUGCAAAUUAACUCAAUCUAGUAACAUGUAUUCUGGCCGAAUUACAACACUAGUAGAUCAGAUGAGUAGCAGUAGUACUAGUGUUCCAUUUGAGUUCAUCACUUCAUCUGCAUGA